AUGGCUUCGUCGUCAAAAGCUCAACAAAAGGUUUCGUCCUCUCAGCAACAACAAGAACAUGAACAGCAGCAACAACAGAAUGUUCCUCAGAAAACCUGUCUAAUUCCUAUGGACGAAUUAGAAGUUCUUGGUGAAAUGAUGGUCGAUUUUGAUAAUCUGGAAGAACAUGACAUUCAUCUGAAGGAUGACAUGAAAUUUCAGGGUUGGGAAGCAUUCUUCUAUCGUUUGUGUGGACCUGUUUUCCCAGAAUUAGUUAAAGAAUUUUGGGUUCGUGCUACAAUUAUGCCUAAAGCAAUUCUAUCCUUUGUUCAUGGCGAAGAGAUCUCAAUUACAGAAAAUCUUCUCAGAAGAUUGUUUGGUUUGAAGAAUGUUGAAGGUGCUUCUGGAGCAAUUAUUGGAAGAACAGAUUGGGACGUUGUUUACACAGAAAUUUUCAAAUCUGAAAAAGAGUCUACAAUCAUCAAGGAGUUUAAGGAUCCCUACAGAAUCUGGGCUAAGAUCCUUAUGGGGUGCAUCUACCAUAGAAAGGCAACUGUGUCUCCCAACUACGUUAACAAGGACCAACAAGACAUUCUGUAUUGUAUUGGUAAACAAGAUAAGGUGGAUCUUCCUUACAUCAUUUUCAACCACAUGUGGAAUCAUGUGAAAGACUCUAGGGAGCAAGCCAGAUUGAAGUCUUCAAAGUACAAAAGGAACUUCAUUCCUUUUGGAAGGAUAAUCACAGAUCUUCUGGUUCAGACUGGAUUAGUUGGUGAUCUGGAAAAGGCUGGAAUUAUCAAAGAUCCUUUUGCAAUGUGUGGAAGUACCAUGAAUGCCCACACUCUGAAAAAGAUGAAUCUGAUUGAGACGAUUGUUACUAGUCCUUCAGUGGAUCAUGAAAUCUUGACCAGAAAGGCUCCUGCCCUGGCUGAUUUUUAA